AUGGGACUCAUGUGGGCCCCAAGAGGGAGGGGGGCCCUAAAUUCUCAUUUUCCCUGGUGUAGGAACAUGUCAUCGCUGGUCUCGAGGGACACCAUGAGCCUGGUCAGAGAGCUGGGCCGGAAGGGUGAGCUGGUGCCCGCGGACAGCCUGGCCAGCACCCUACACCUGCGCCCCUUCUGCCUGGUGAGGAAGAAGCACAGACGCCCCCGCUGGCCUUGGGACACCCCCUUCGUCCCCACGGCCUUCUCCCUUGUGGACGCCCUGGAGCCCGGCUCCCCCAUCCCAGGAAACAAGACUCUGAGACCCUCGUUCCUCCAGGAGUUGCAGAGCCGGAAGGAGAAGGAGAGCCUGUACAUGGUGACCGAGGCCUUGGAGGCCACGCAGCAGGCCACGUUUCAGAGGCGAGCAGAGGGAGCCGGGCAGCUGACUCUCCUCCAGCUGGGCCACCUGCAGGGUCAGAGCACCGUGGCCACGGAGAAGACAGUGGGCAUCCCACAGGGCGCUGUCUUGGCCUACAGGGUGCUGCAGCUGGUGAUGAAGGAGGAUCGCUGGGCGCUGAGUGCCACCCGACACUGCCUGCUGGCCCAGUGCCUGGAGAGGGAGGUCCUGCCCCAGCAGCUGGAGCUGUGUGAGCAUGCAGCCCUCACCCGGAGCCUGGUGGAGAGCUGUGGGCUGGAGCUGCGGGGCCCGGGCCACGGAGUCACCUGGGACCCUGGGGCAGUGCCGCAGCUGUCUGCGCUCUACGCGUCCCUCGCAGGGCUGCAGCUGCUGGCCGAGCCCAGCCCCGCGGCCCCCCAGGCCGAUGCCUGA